AUGGAGCACGUACUCGCCACCAAAGCACAGGUAGAUGCCCUCCUCGAGUCUGCCACCGCCUUCCUGACCAACACCGCGCCCGCCGCCACCUACCACGCCCCCAUCAUCGACUGGCACCAUCCCCACGCUUACCGCCAGCCAGACAUCACAGGUCUCAAAAAGUUCAUCAGCAGCGUGCAGAAGGAAAAAAGUCACCUUGAUGGUCUAGUUGCGAGCGGCCGUCCGCCGAAAGAUCUUGCCACGAAUGCAAUACACCUGCUUGCCGUUUGGGAAGAGGUCCAGAGAGCAGAGUGGCCCAUCGGCUGUAUAGCGCAGGUGCUGGAGUGCCCUGAUGGGAGCCAAGUCAAGGUCGAUGUGGUAGCAAAGGGUGGUCAGGAGUGGAUCAAAGUCAAUACCAUAAAAGAGUCUCGUCUCAUGGCCGAGCUACGCGAGCACGACUCCUACUGCAACUCUGACUACUCUGACAGUGACUCGGAAGGCGAGUCCAGGCCACUGAAUCGCCUCACAAACUCUGCCAUCGAGCAAGCUGCCUCUAUAGUCGAGUCCGCCAAAACCUAUCCCCGCCUUCCCCAUUCAUCACCCCCCAAAGUCAGAUAUGUUCUGAACCGCCUAGAAGAAGACCCGGAAGGAGGGUAUAGAGAUCCUAGGAUCAAAGAGACUUUUGAGACGAUCCGAAAUCUCGGCGCAGACCUUGUCCUUGCCUCGUCGGCUCGCUCUCCAUGUCCUACGCAAGUGCACCCGCCCCCGCCAAAGCCCACCUCCAAGAUACUCCUUGACCUCUCGGUCGUGGUAGCUCUGUGUUGCGACUCCACCCACCGCCCUCUUCCCACAUCAGAUGUCGAAUUGGAGAGCCGUUUUCGGCCUUUGGUCCUUGGUGAAGACGGGCAGCUGGCUUUGGCCGCUCAUGUACCUGUCACAAAGGAUCUCAGGGACCAGCUGCGAUGGGAGAGCCAACAUCCUCUCAUACAGGAGCUCAAAGAGAGGCUGGCGGUGUACGAAGGGACGCAUGAGUUCUGGGUAACGGAGGAAGUUAGGACACGGCUGCCCAACAUUGCGGAGAUCAUCGGGGGCGAAGACGAACGCCGGCGGGCUAGGGCGAUCUUUACCGGCGAUGGAGACUUUUGGGAAGGCAGUCGCUGGAAGGGAAACGAGGGCAUACUGGGAUCUCUAAGGCUCCACGUCUUGCCCGAAGAAGAAUACGCCGAGCUGGAUCCCCAGUUGUUCCAAAUGUCUCCUUUCAGAGGCGGCUUCGCGACAGUCUGCCAGAUGAUGCUCGCCAUAGUCGAACAACAAGCCUCCGCCUCCUCCCUCCCCCCUCCACCGCCUGCCCCAAAGACCAACAAAACCACCUCCUCCCGCCCGGGACGUCGAUCCCAACCUGGUAUCACCAUCGCGUCCCGGCUUCCCAGCAAUCAUACCCUGCGGAGUUUUCUGGCCGGGCUCAAGCACGGUAUGACAGUGUUGACAAACAACAGAGGCGCGGUAGGAAAGGUAGUGCGGGAGAUGGGAGUGAAUGAGGGCAUGGCGUAUGGGCAAGGAGACCAGAACGGCGAGGCGGUCGCGUGGGUAGUCAACCCUAGCAGCUUGUCGGAAUGGAGAAGGAAAGAAGUUGAAGCUGAGAAUGAGAAGAUCAGGGGAACGGGACAAGGGGUUCAGAGCGAUCUACCCAGUACAGUACCAUCAUAG